AUGCCUAGUUCCGAACAAUUGGCUCAAUUUGCUUUGAUGGUAAGCCUAGCCAAGGCCCAACAUGCAAAGGCCUACGUAACCAAAGUGGCUGCAGAGACGAAGAGCAUGAAAUUUAAGGAAUACCAAGUUGUGAAAGAUUGCUUGGAUCAAAUCAAUGAUGGGGUAGACCAACUUAGACAAUCGAUUAAAGAGAUUCAACAGAUUAGUAGAGACGGGGAAGAGAACUUCAUGUGGCACACGAGCAACGUUCAAACUUGGGUUAGCACUGCACUCACCGACGCAAUGACUUGCUUGGAUGGGUUCUCCAGCCGUGCCAUGGGUGGAAAGGUUAGGCUCGUUAGGGCAACGAUCAAAGGCAAACUCUUGAACGUGGUGCAAGUGACCAGCAACGCACUGGCCUUGUUCAAUAGGUUUGCUGCAAGACACAAAGCCAGGGGUGCCAAAGUCAAGCCUUGA